AUGAUCACCACGUCCAUGAGCGAACGCAGACGAAGCGAUGACCAUGGCAACGGCACCACCACUACCACGAACAACAACACUAAUAACAACCUCACCUCGCCCUUUCUGCGCCCGGACGCGGCAGUCCAUGGCACCGCACAUACGCCCGCCACCGCCACCGCCACCGCCACUGCCCCCAGCCACCUCAGCCACCUCAGCCACACCAAUCGCCUCUUGCCCUCACCGAUUCCACCGCAGACCGCUUCAGCGAGCGCGCCGCCGUCCGCCAGAGCCAGAGCCAUUCCGUCUCGAGCACCCCGCAUACCCUGGCCUCGUCGAAUCGCAGUCUGA